CGCAACGGGGCAGCGCGGCGCCAAGGCCGCGGGGCGGAGGAAAGCGCGAGGCCGCCGUGACCCCCAGCGGCGGGACGGGCUGCGGCCGGGUCUGGGCUGCGCGGCCUCCGCGGGGACAGCGGCCGAGGACGGCCGUCAGCGGCGGGGCCUGGGCCAAGGGUGUACUAUGACUGGCUUCAGGCUCCCCAUCACUGCGUUUAGAAAAUUGAAUGUCUGGGUUGGACUGUGGGAGAAAUUCCCCUCUAAUAAACUGUUUCCCUCUUGGAGAAGAAGCGUAUUCUGUAGCUGUCAAGCAAGCACAAUAAAUGACCGAAGAUGGUUUUGCUUUUCCCCAGUAAAACUCUGCGCACUAAGACUUUCUCCAGAGUAUAUCUCAGUACUCUCUCUGCGGAACAAAAGUAGCAAAAGCUCUAAAAGGAACAGACAAACUGUACAGGAGGAGGAGGAGGAGGAGGAGGAGGCAGAUGAACAAGAAAGUGAUUUGGAAGAUGAAUUGGAAAAUGACCCCAACGUAGUAAAAGAUUACAAAGAUCUUGAAAAAGUAGUGCAGUCUCUGCGAUAUGACGUGGUCAUGAAAGCUGGCUUAGACAUUGCAAGAAAUAAAGUAGAAGAUGCAUUCUACAAUAACGAACUCAGGCUGAAUGGAGAAAAACUAUGGAAGAAAAGUAGAACUGUGAAAAUUGGUGACACACUGGAUCUCUUAAUAGGUGAAGAUAAAGAAACGGGAACUGCUGUAGUGAUGCGGGUAGUCUUAAAAAAAGUAUCUAACAAGACUGAGAGCGAAAAAUACAAAGUAAUUUUGAGACGCUGGAAAAACCUGAAGGUGCCCAAACAGGAUGUACUGAAGUAGCAGGGGGUUCAUGUGGCAGCAUGAGAUUUUUUUUUUUUUUGCAGAAAACCGUAUCGUUUGUUGUUAAAGGUGAAUUUUGGUUAAACAAAAUGAUGGUACCCUUUUUAAGGGCUUGUGUUAGAAAUAUCUCCCUCUGCCAUAUGCAUCAGUGCUCCUGUGAUAAACGCCUGUCACUUCUUGCAGUUAGUUUUGUUUCAUGAUACUGUGGGAUAAAAUGCUCAACCUUCAUAUUUCCAGGCAAUUUCCUUACAGAUGUUAUAUAUAAUGACUUAAUAAAGAUGAAUUUGAUCACUGUUUAA